UGGUAUUCGUGAUCGUAAUAGUGUCGGUGCUGUUAGUUCUGUGCCCGCGGUCUUUCAAAUAUAAGAAAAGACGAAGAGCAAAGAGAUUAAAAUCGGAAGUGGAAGUUGCGAAGAAAAGGGAAAUAGGGAGAGCGAGAGAGGGAGAGAGAGAGAGAGAGCGCGCGCGGGGGCACGUAACAUCCUGAGAUCACUCUCCAUUAUUGCCGGAGGAGAGGACAGCGAGGAGGGCACGCGAGGAACAAAAAGACGGGAUGAUUAUCCAGACGGAAAGGAAAGAGUUCUUCUCCGUGAUUGUGCAAAUAGAAGAAUAACUUUGUGAAAAGUUCCGUCGAGUUCGUGAUAGCCGGGACACAAUAUCUUCUUCUCUUUUUCAGCAUAACUCGUUUUCGAUCGCAAACCGGUCUGAGUAGACUCUCGUGAAAGGAACACGCGACUCGUGUACCCGCUUGUGCUACUUAAAUAAUAACGAGGGUAAAAGAAAAUCCGAAAGUUUCACCACGAGGCCAGUGAAAAAGCAGCGCUCGUCCAUUUUUUCAGCCUUUUUAUUUCAUUCGCUCGCGAGUUUUCGUACUUUUUAUCCGCCCUUCAAACGAUCCCUCUCGAGAAUAAGUGAGGAUUGUUCUCGAGUGCCCAAGUGUACCAACCAAAUUAUGGAUUCGCCUCGAAAGCUCGCUCGCUCGCUCGUCUGAACGACUCUGCCAGGCCAGCGGACCCAGGCAGCCCCCAACAGGAGCAAAAAAAUCCUACUUCAUUUAUUUUUCAUACGUUUUUCACGAAGAGGAAAAUCUCUGGGAAGGAACAUGAUCAAAGAAUCACGGACGAUUGGUUCGAAUGAGUGAUCCCGCGGACUCGAACCACUCGAUUCAUCGUCGUGGACGCAAACGAGGAUCUUGGAGGGUGUCACGAGUUCCAUUGCCGGAGGAAAGCCAAAAGCUUUCCACCGUGCGAAAAAUGUUACUCGUUCAGCUCAACCGGGCGAAAUUCCUCGAAGCCCUUUCAGCCUUUCCUUCCACCACCUCCAUCAUUCCUAUCGUACUCACGCUGCAGCUACUGUCUUAUCCAGGAGCCACGCGAGCUCUCCGUAUGACUGCUCUUCAGAUACCUCAACACGUUGCCAUCAAUCAAACGGUCAAAAUGGAGUGCAAUUUCAAUCUCGAUCGAGAACUACUCUAUUCCGUCAAAUGGUACAAGGAUGGCCACGAAUUUUAUCGCUUCGUUCCCAAGGACUCGCCAGCCGUUCAAGUCUUCCCAGUACCUGGAGUCUCCGUCGAUAUAAAUCAUUCGACCGAGAGAUCAAUAGCUCUGAAUUCCGUGGAGCUAACGAGCACAGGAAGGUACCGAUGCGAAGUUUCGGCGGAAGCACCAGCCUUCCAAACCGUAUCGGAUCAUGCUGACAUGAGCGUCGUCGUACUUCCGGAAAAGGGUCCUCGCAUAACUGGCGGCUUAGCCAAGUACCAGGAGGGUGAUCUUGUACAAAUGAACUGCACGUCUGCACCCUCCAAACCAGCAGCUCUGUUAACGUGGUUUAUUAACGGUGAACCGGCCGAGAGUAAAAAUCUGCGAGGCCCUCACAUAACGGCGGUGGACGAGAGAGGCCUGGAGACCGCUGUUCUUGGUUUGGAGUUUCGGGUGAACGGCGAACACUUCAGCAAAGGUGGUGACAUGAAUCUCAAAUGUCUGGCGACAAUAGCCUCGAUGUAUCAACACGGGAAAGAGGAGAGUAUCAAGAACGACGACCGAGUGAUCAAGGCACCGGUCAUGGAGAGCCGAGAAACUAGAGCUCAGAGUCACACACGGAACGACCUAACUAACGAUUGCCAAAGGCUCAUGAUCGAAUGGACGCUCCUCGUCGUGUCGACCGUCUUCAUUCUCGUUCAACGAUAAUAAUAAACCAACUUUUUUUCACCUUUGCUUCUUAACGCGAUUGUGAGAAAAGGUUUUUCGAUGUACGAUGUACGCGUCUGUGUCUGAAUGUUGUCGAGAGAGACAGAGAACAUGAGAGUACGAAUGCAGUGGAAGAGGAGAGAAAAAAUAACAGAGAAAUAUGUAUUAUUAUAUUCGAUAACGAAACGUGAUUAAUACUAUAUGGACGUACUGUUAAGAAUGUGCUAUUUCGAUGAGAGAACAUAUCCUCGUUUCGUUUUCAUCCUUUUUGUUUAUUCAUAUGGUUGGGUGGGUGCUCGAUGACCGGAAAGUAGUUUCAUGUUUCUUUCGGAGGUCCUCGAUAUUUCGAGAAAACGGAAAGUCACGCUUUGGCUGUUUUUGCUAUCUUUUUCGUAUCUUCGAAAGUGGAACUUUGGCAUAAUUUUCGUUUUCUCGCAAAUGUGGCUCGUCGUUUACUCCAAAUAUCGAGCGUCCCCGAGAGGAACGUUUCAGUCAUUGGUCCCGGACUCGUGCAACUGAUAAAUAAGCUUAACGAAAAACCACAAAUGUCCUAAAGCAUUAUUCGGAUAAGUGAUAUAGAGAAAUAUUUGUAUAUCGUCGUAUCGUACAACGAAAACAAAGGUGCGGACUUUGGUAAGAAACUAUUAUUACGAGAGCGUUAUCGCCGUGAAAGAUAAAAUAUUAAAUGCUCGCUCAAUAUGUAUAUUUGGGAGACGCGCAUACACAUAAGUGAAAAAAGGGGCCGAAUCGUUUCUUUCGUUCUGGCAGCUCGAGACGAGGCUUUUGAAAAUGAAAAAUAAGCAGCGAAACGACAACUGUGCUUUUUUUUUGUAAACGAGCAAAACAGAAGUAGACUCAAAACAUAUCAGAAAUACUUUUUUUUAUUGAGCUCUCGGUACGAGGCUUUCUUUUAGGACGAAUAUAAAUUCUCAUCGACGCAUCGAAUGCUUCCGAAACUCGUGCUUUUGUCGUACCUUUAGAAAUACGGUGAGAAUAUGUUUUGCUUUUUAUCUUAAUAUCUUAAGAGUGAAGAAGAAAUAGUUCAUUGUCAGCGUGUGCGUCUUUUCGUCUGUUUUUCUUUGUCGAGAACGAAUCACCCAGUUUUUCGCUCAUUUCUUUCGGCCAUUCAAUCAUAUUUUUGAAGCAUCACAAUUUUAGGGAGUCGCUCCAUUUUCUUGGAAGGAGCUAAAACCUUUGAAAAAAACCUUCAAAAUUACAAAUCACAUCUACGUUUUCGUAAGAAAAUUCAACGUCACACGAAAUUCCUGAUCCAUUGAAUGAAACAGUUUUUCAAAUGUUCUUUUCAGCAGAAAUAAUUCAAUGAAAAUAUCCGAAAAGAAUUAAAUAAUCGACAAAAUAGCAUUGCAUUGCCCAGAGAUUCCUCAAUUUUGCCAAAUUUUCUAUUAAAAAUCAUUCAUUCGCUAAAACUUUUUUAAAUUCCUUGCAAACUGUCAAGUAGGAAAUUUUCGAUCGAACGAAAUAAUUUACGUGUAUUUCAUCAUCGAUUCGUCCUAAAAAAACACUCGCAGUUUGAAUGAGUCGUCAAAAAACCAAUUCAACUCACGAUAAAGCCAGUUUUUUUCCGAUAGGAGCGUUAAUUUGAUUUCCUCAGGUGCUCGUCGAAUCGAUUCCGUCAUUAGAUACUUUAGAUACCGUACCUGUAUAUUAUUGAUUUAUUAUGAGUAUAUUAUCGUCGUAUUAUUACAUCAAUACUCGUUCGAGACACGUUGUGCAAAGAAAAUAUAAAAUUAUAUUAAUGAUGAUUACGAAGCAAUUUAUAAUUAUGAAAUUAUUUACAAGAUUAUAUAUAUCGUCGUAUAUGUACGUUAAAUGUGCCUGUAAAUAUGUAAAUAAUUUUCAUCGUUAUUAAAAUAAUUUAUCAUUA